CCAGGAUCAACUUCGUCUCAGCCAGGCCAGGACUCCUCGUACAUGUAAUACCGAAAACUACUCGAUCGAACAUAUCAAAAGAGCACAGAAACAAAACAGCAAGGCCGCUCUUGAACCAUGGAAUCGUUCAAAGGGUCACAUAGAUACCAACGGUUGCGAGGCUCUGACAUUCGUGUCGUCAGGUUCAAGCCUUGUCCACCAGGCUCAAACGACAAUGCUCGAAUCGAGGGAUACAUAUCCCACGUCCCUCUUUUAGGUUCUGAUUUCUUUGCUCUGUCAUAUGUAUGGGGAGAUGCAAGCGAUACCAAAACAAUCACUUUGGAUGGCCAAGACUUUCCAAUCACCACCAAUCUUUGGGACGCGAUCAAGAGUUUGAGAAAUCGUUAUGACGCGGAGCGAAAACCGCAGGAUAAGAAUGUUCCUGAAAUAUUGAGAGGAGAGAUUGAUGAGACUGGUGAUGGAUGGAAAAAUUCUGCGAUAUGCUGGUGGAUUGAUGCGAUUUGUAUCGACCAGACAAGCACGAAAGAAAGGUCGAGACAGGUGCCUAGGAUGAAAAGUCUAUACAGCACAGCUACGAGAGUUGUUGUCUGGUGGAGAAACGGCUGGGGAGACGUAGCCUCUGAGGGGUCUGAACUAGAUAUCAACAUGCUCUUUCAAGCAGGAGAGAAGUUACACGACGCGGCUCCCUGGUCAACGUCUGCCUGCCGAUUCUCUGAUACAAGCCAGAGCACGAGAGUGGACAUACUCACCAAGACAUUUGACGCUCCUGAAAAACUUAUCAGGACAUUGGCUUUUGUUAUUCGCUCUGGAUGGGAUUGGAUGAGCAGGGUUUGGACUCUCCAGGAAGCUGUCUUGCCUCGAGAAGACCCCGCCCUGAUCAUGGGCGAGGAAGUUACUGGGCUCUGGAUUCUCAUGGAACUUCAAGAAUGUUUUGCUGCAGCUUCCCGGCGGGGAAUAUUCUUAAGGCAUUUGAUUGCUGGUAACCAGGAAACAUUGAUCAACAGAAUUUUGUAUGAUAUGUACUUACUGUCUGAAAAAGUCUCGGACAGGCCGAUAACAGCUCAGAAUCAUGCGCUGAGUUCUCGGGCCAAGAUUUUCGGAGGACUUUCUUACCAGGCAUCCGCUCUGAGAAGCAGAAUGGCAUCCUCAAAACGACACUCUCCCCCGCUUUCUGCAACCCUCACUCGUUUCGGAGAAGCACUUCUUGACUGUGUAGUAUUCUUCUCCGACAGGCGGGCAACAACACCUCACGACCGCAUAUACGGACUCCUUGGGCUUGUGGAAAUCCCACAUCUCCCCACGUAUCUUCGGCCAGAUUACAAAAGACCCUUCGCUGAAGUAUGUUUUGCAUACGUCAAAUUCUUAAUCAAAGCCAGCGGUAGUUUGUACAUCCUCGCUCUGGGUACCAAUCGAUUCGAAGGUUACCCCACGUGGGUAUCAGACUUCAGCGAAAGUCUACAAGGCGAGAGUGGAGCGACACCUGUGACACCCGUGUUCUCGGAAGAUGAGCGAUGCAUUUCUGUUCCAGGAGUAAAACUGGGCGAAGUAGUUGCAAUCCAUUGCGAUCACGAAAGGUGUUUUGCGCCGAAUGGAGAUGAUCCAAAUGAAAUAUUGAGCAUGUUUUUCGACCUAGCGAGGACCAUAAUGCUUCCAGCAUCGAAAAUCCGAUCCUGUGAUGUAGGAGAAAUUUUGAAGGAAUGGGCCGAAAAUAUAUCAGCCAAGAAGCCCCCUCGGAAUGGCAUCCUGAAGCUUUGGCAUGUGUCCCUGCUCUACGAACCUACUUUCUCAUCACCACGAAUGUCUUGCUUGACAACGGCGUCAUGUGCAACUGGACCAACGCUUAUUCUAUAGUCCGCAUUCGCAAACCUACAAAGGUCGGCGAUUUCGUGUACGCACUCAAAGGCACGACACGCCCUACGUUGUUACGUGCACGAAGUCAAGGCUAUGGCUUUGAAGUGACGGGAACCUGCUACUUGUCGAAAUCUUAUAACGAUCAGGUAUUCACGGAAGAAUUCUUUCAACAGGGAGAGCUGGAAACAGUGCAUCUGUUUUGACGUUCCGAUCUUUUCAAUUAAGAAGAUGCAAGAACACCAGCCGCGAUCUUCUCGGUAGAGCGCACACAGUGCUUUGCGGAUGACCAGGCGGCAGCAAUGCAAAUGAACUGGCAAUAUGGCAUCCACCAUGGUCAGUCCCGAAACACCAGACACCUUGGCUUCAGAGUGGACUGCUGCAUGUGGGUCGGAUAGUCUACCCAUCUUGCAGGUACAUGCCGCGUGCCAUACGGUCCUGACUGAUUUCUGGAUCAGAUCCAGAAUCUGGACAUUUAUUUGUACCUCUGGCACAGGGAAGUGCCUGGGAAACCGUGACUGCCUGGGAUAUCGUGACGAAAGUCCAGUCGACAGCAAGAUUUGUGUCAGCUGAAUCUGAACUGUACCAGAGGAUGUUAAACUCACGAAUAUGAUUUUCCAAGAAGAAGGCUUGCUUAGCCUUAUUUUUAGGACAGCGUCCUGGACUCAUAGAAGGACUGUCCUUGAGGGUUGUGGUUAACUUAUACUUGAAAAUAUAAAUCAAGACCUGGGUGGGGGAAGAUGGUCGCAGUUACGUAUGUAAGUGGAAAUAAAAGGCGAGAGCGAACAGUGUGGAUUGUCCAGUGUAUUUAUACAUCAUGAAAGGAAUCCAUUUUCUCAUACAGGUGAGUUGUAAACUCCCUCCCCUACCCGGACUUCUCGCCAAUGCCCAAUCCUCAAUCCUCAAUAAACAAACAAAUCACUUACUAAACCACUCAACCCCUCAAUCCUUCAAACUCCCCUCCCCCUCCCCCAACAACUUCUUCACCCACUCAAUCCCAUCAUCCAGCCACCCCCUCCGACUCGGCCUAAACCCCUCCAUCUCCAACCCCUCCCUAUCAAUCGUCCCAUUCGCCACAUCAAAGAUCGGCCCCCAAGCCUCGCGAACCGAUCCCACUUCGACAGGCUCCGAACAAUAAUACGUCAGAUGCGUACCACACCUCCCACAGAACGUCCGAUUCACAUCUUCCGAACUGAGGAAAUGCGUUAGGUAGGUCUUCUCUUGAAGUUCCUUGCUCGGCAUGAGGUAUUCUAGAAUCGUUGGGGUGAAGCGGGUGUCAGGUGAUGAUGACGAGGAGGUAGAGCGAGGUUGAAGCGUAAAUUGCACCCAGGCUUGGGGACAGAUGAACCAGGACUCGAUGAUGGAUCCAGCGAUGCGACGGCAGGAUAGUGAUCUAGGGUAAUCAUAGGCAAACGUUCAGUCACUGCAUUGGAAGUGUUCGUCACAUACGCAUCUACUACAAUCAACAAAAUCGGGUAAAUAAGGCACGACACGAGCCCUGUUUCUUGCGUGUUGAGAUGAAACCAUGUAGCCCUUGGCAUCUCCUGUCUUCAAUGCCAGCAACAAUGGCUCAUCCCUCAGCAAGAACAUUGCGGGGCAAAGGAUUUAAGGACAAAGGGUGCCAGUACAAGUGUUUCGAAAAUAAUUGAAUGAGAAACAAAAUCCACUGCGAUUUCAUUCUGGAAGCCAUUUGCCAAGCUCAAUUGUAUCGGUAUCAGAUGGUCGCUUUGUAGCUAUGGGCAGCACAGUCUAUCUCCCCGCGUCUGUUCUAUAGAAUAAGCGAGAGCCAACAUCAACAAUGGACACAAUAUCAGACUAUUGC